AUGGCCGUACCUGGGAUGACACAGGUGGUCCUGCUGGGCUGCUGUGCCUGUAGUUUGUCUUUGGUGCCUUCCGGAAGGGGCAGGAGGCCGUGUGAAAGGAGACACAAGCCCAAAGGGGGGCCCAAACGGGCCGAUCCGUUUCUCCCUAGAAUAAGAGCCGUCGGAGAAGGCGGCAGCCCCCCCCCCUCGCUCAGGGGGCCUCCUCAGCUCCCACAAGCAGGGCGCAUUCAGCACCGACCGAGGCCUCCAGGCGCCACGCUUGGGGCGGGGGGGGCUCCGGGGGCUCCCCAGGCUCGACCAUCCUUGGCCGCUGGGGGAGGAGAGGGGGGACCCCUGCGGCGCGUGCCUGUUAACUCGUCUCCCUCACCGUGUCCCCUUGUCCCAGGCCACGACAUCAAUGGGGCCCUGGAGCCCUCGAACAUAGACACGAGCAUCCUGGAGGAGUACAUCAGCAAGGAGGAUUCUUCGGACAUCUGCUUCCCCGACCUCCCUGCUCCUGCCAGCUACCCGCAGCCCCAGCCCUCCGGAUCCUCGGCGGCCCCUGGCUCUGGCCAUCACCUGAGCCCGCCGGGGGGCGGGGGAGGACCUUCCGGCCGCCACGGCCCCCUCCCCCCCCCCUCCCUGCGGCCCGGCUUCGGUGCCCACCUCAACUACAACAACAACAACGGUCUGGUGGUGCCCAGAGGCCAUGCGGGCGGGCCCUGCCCGGGCGGGGGCUCGGGGCCCCCCAUCAAGUCGGAGCCCAAGGCGGCCUACGCCCCCGGCGCGCUGCCCGACUCGCCGCCCGACUCCGGCUCCGAAGCGUACUCCCCCCCCCAGGGGGCCGACCCUCACCUCCUGCGAACGAUGACCCCCGAGAGCAUGUGCCACGUCAGCGUCCCCUCCCGCCUGGAGCACCCGCCCCCGCCGCCCCCCAGCAGCCACCUGGCCGGCCCCCCCCUGCCCCCCGGGGCCCUGGCCGGCCCCCCCCUGCCGCCGCCCCCCCACUACCCCGUGCUGCAGCGGGACCUGUACAUGAAGGCGGAGCCCCUGAUGCCCCCCUUCGGCCUGGGGCAGGGCCUGGGCCCGGGGGAGCUGCACCACGCCCAGCACGGCCAGACGCUCCAGCAGCUGCUGCAGCCGCACGCGGCCCAGCUCCCCGCACACCCCUCCAAGAAGAGGAAACAUUCCGAGUCACCCCCCAACACCCUCAACGCCCAGAUGCUCAACGGGAUGAUAAAGCAGGAGCCAGGUACGGUGGCCUCCCUGCCCCUCCAUCCUGCCAGAGCCCCUACGCCGCCCUGGCAUCAGCAAGGCCCCCUCUCGCCAGGACCAGGAUCCCUUCCCCUCAGCAUUGCCAGAGUCCAGACACCGCCCUGGCACCCACAGGGGGCGCCUUCCCCAGGCCUCAUGCAGGACAACGAAAGCCUGAACGGCUCCUACCUGGACCCCAAUUACCAGUCCAUCAAGUGGCAGCCGCACCAGCAGAACAAGUGGGCCGCGCUCUACGAUGCCAACUACAAGGAGCUACCCAUGCUCACGUACCGGGUGGAUGCCGACAAGGGCUUCAACUUUUCCGUGGGCGAUGACGCCUUCGUGUGCCAGAAGAAGAACCACUUCCAGGUGACGGUGUACAUCGGCAUGCUGGGGGAGCCCAAGUACGUGAAGACCCCCGAGGGGCUGAAGCCGCUGGACUGCUUCUACCUGAAGCUGCAUGGCGUCAAGCUAGAGGCCCUGAAUCAGUCCAUCAACAUCGAGCAGUCCCAGUCGGACCGGAGCAAGCGGCCCUUCAACCCUGUGACGGUCACCCUGCCACCUGAGCAGGUCACCAAGGUGACGGUGGGACGCCUGCACUUCAGUGAGACCACUGCCAACAACAUGCGCAAGAAGGGCAAACCCAACCCAGACCAGAGGUACUUCAUGCUGGUGGUGGCAUUGCAGGCUCAUGCCCAGAACCAGACGUAUACGUUGGCAGCCCAGAUCUCCGAGCGCAUCAUAGUCAGGGCCUCGAACCCUGGCCAGUUUGAGAGUGACAGCGACGUCCUGUGGCAGCGGGCCCAGCUGCCCGACACCGUCUUCCACCACGGCCGGGUGGGCAUCAACACGGACCGGCCCGACGAGGCUCUGGUCGUCCACGGCAACGUGAAGGUCAUGGGCUCCCUCAUGCACCCCUCGGACCUGCGGGCCAAGGAGCACGUGCAGGAGGUCGAUACCACUGAGCAGCUGAAGAGGAUUUCCCGGAUGCGGCUCGUCCACUACAGCUACAAGCCCGAGUUUGCGGCCAGCGCGGGCAUCGAGGCCUCUCCUGAGACAGGCGUCAUCGCUCAGGAGGUCCAGGAGAUCCUGCCCGAGGCCGUGAAGGACACGGGCGACGUGGUCUUUGCCAACGGGAAGACCAUCGAGAACUUCCUGGUUGUGAACAAGGAGCGGAUCUUCAUGGAGAACGUGGGCGCCGUGAAGGAGCUGUGCAAGCUCACCGACAACCUGGAGACCCGCAUCGACGAGCUCGAGCGCUGGAGCCACAAGUUGGCCAAGCUCCGGCGGCUGGACAGCAUGAAGUCCUCGGGCAGCUCCGGGGCCUUCAGCCAAGCGGGCAGCCAGUUCAGCCGGGCCGGGAGCGUCCCCCACAAGAAGCGGCCCCCCAAGGUGGCCAGCAAGUCGCCCUCGGCGGUCCCAGACCAGGCCUGCAUGAGCCAGCGCUUCCUGCAAGGGACCAUCAUCGCCCUGGUGGUGGUCAUGGCGUUCAGCGUGGUGUCCAUGUCGACGCUGUACGUGCUGAGUCUCCGGAGCGAGGAGGAGCUCGUGGACGUGGACGGCUCUCUCGCUGUGUCUGCUUCCUGUCUUCUGGGCCUGCUCCGGGCCCCCGGGGGGAGUGUGGCCCUGUGCCCCUGGUCAGGCCAGAGCUACGGCACCACCCAGCUCCGCCAGGCCCCCGCCUCCACCGGCCCGCCCAGCCCCCGGCCCUCCUCCCAGCCCGCCCCCACCGGCCUGCCAGGCUCGGCCCCUGCCCUGGCCCUCCGGCACCUCGACCUGUGCCCCGGCCCACCCUGCCCGGUCGUCUGCUGCCCCCCGGCCACCCCCAGCCCCUCCCCCAGCCCCACUGCCAACCGCUCAGGCCCGAGCCAGACCUCGCUGCUGCCGGUCACCAGCAUCAGAGCCAAGUCUUGGGGCCUUUCGGCCAAUGGGAUCGCCCACGCCAAGCCCCCCAAGAGCCUGGAGCCCCCCGCCAGCCCCUCGGCCCCUUUCACCGGCGUGCAGGGCAAGGCCAAGAACAGCCCCAACCUGUCCAUCCCGGCGCGUGCCCGCCGAGGGGCCCCGCCGGGCGGCCCCCCCACACUCCCCCCUGGCCGUGCCGACGCCCCGCUGGACGCCCAGCCGGCCCUGAGCUCCAUCCAGGUCCUGGAGAGCUCCCUGCCCGUCACUGCCCAGUACUGUGCCCCGGGGGACGCCUGCAGGCCAGGGAACUUCACCUACCGCAUCCCCAUCAGCAGCAGCACCCCGCUCCACCUCAGCCUCACCCUGCAGAUGAACGCCAGCUUCCCCGUCUCGGUGACCUUGUGCAGCGUGAUGUCUCAGGAGAACCCGUGCGAGGAGGGCGCCUUUCCCCGCGGCCUGCACGUCCACGGUGACACCCAGGGUACCUCCCACCAGUGGCCUGUGGCCAUCUUGUCCUUCCAGGAGUUCGCUUACCACUUCCGAGUGGCCCUGCUGGGUCAGGCCAACUGCAGCUCGGAGGCGCCCCCGCAGCCCGCCACCGACUACUACUUCCACUUCUAUCGCCUGUGCGACUGAGCGCCGCUGGCCGGGCCCUGCACCCGGCAGAGCCUGCCCGAGGCCGGGGGCCCUCCGGGGCUCCUCUUCUCCCACACUGGACGUGACCGGGUUACACUGGAGCGGGGCUGGGGGCGACCCUGCACCGCCCUCGCCCGCUGGGGCUGCUCGCAGCCCGCCGACACUGGAAUUCCUGCUGCACACCCAGGCUGGAGGCCUGGGCCGGAGUCCCAACACUGGAAUAGUCGCCCCUGCACGCUGCCCGGCCGUACCCGGGGGGCCGGGGCGUCCCUCCCGGCUUCCCUGUUACAGGGCCGAGCGGGAGGCCGGAAGCCUGGGAAGGGGCGGCCUCGGGGCUCCCCCCGGCUGCCAGGCCGGGGUUUCUGGGUUGGGCCGCAGCCGUCCCGGCCGCCCUUGAACCCCACCGUGGCGUUUUCAGGCGGCCCAGCCCCGGCUGGGCCUUGUCUGCCAGGCUCGGUCUCGGGGAGCUCAUUCUAAAAUGGACUCGGAUGGGGCAGGCCCAGAGGGCAGCCUGUCCAGCUCUGCCCGCUGCCUGCCCAGCCUCGCACUGCCAAAGCAGCCCCGGCCUCCCCCCUCCUGGCCAUCGGGCCUCCAGGCCACACCCCCAAGGGCUGCUCCCCAAGAAUGCCUUUGCCCUCAGGGCUCUCCAAGCACCCACCCCGGGGGAGGCUGGGAGCCCUCACGGAAACUGCCCCCCUUUCCCUGUCCGCCCUCGGGGCGCCCCUGCUCGUGCCUAUCUCUCCGCGGCCCCCAGGAGGCAGAGGGUCGGCCGGGGGCGUUUCAUUUUGGACCAAAGUUGCCUUAGUCCGAGGUGGAAGGCGAGGCGGAGAGCCCCCAUUCUGGUGCUGGGAGGCCCAGAAGAACUUUGCCAGCCCGACGCCGGAGUCUUGUUUCUUUAGCGAAUCCCCGCCCCCGCCUGCUGUAAAUAGCCCCCCCCCCCCCCCUGCUAACUGUCCGCUCACCGGCCCUCACCCCCCCCCCCCCCCCCCCGCUUCGCCCCUGCCCAGCGUUAACCAUCCCCGCCGAGCUUUGAUUCAUAUUUAUAUUGUGCCAAGUCUGACCGUGGGACGGCGUCCCGCUCGCUCACUCCGUUUCUGUUGGCUUCCCCUGGACCGUCCUUUCUUCCGGAGGCAAAUAUACAUAUAUAAAUAAAUCUAUAAAUACGGCUUUGUACCCAA